GAUUGGAACUAUCUCUAACGACCGUGAACAUAUGGGCUACCGUGAACAUAUGGGCUACAGUCUUUAUUUCGGCCAAAGUGGGGCGUGGCUCCUAUCCGGUUUCAACUCUUAAAAAAUUGAGAGUGAUUUCGAUUCCACAUAUCAAGGAGAGAAGCAGGUCAUCUCAACUACCUUCCCGUCGGCGCAGCUCUCCUCUCCAAAACGCUCUCUGCAUCGCUAUCACUCUAUGUAUCAUCUUCUUCAGCCUAGUAUUUGCCUCGCACACCACGCAGUACGACUUUUCCGGAGCGGCACUAGAUCGUUUGUGUAAUCGUGCCGGACGGGGUAAACCCGAGGCUCCUUCCUUUGGACAUUUGUUAUCAAAGGAGGAGCUAGAUGAUAUGUACCAUGCCGGGAGCAAGGACUCGUGGUCGAACGAAGAAACCGACCAAUUCAAACAUUUUGACGAUGACGACGUGGAUCUCGCUAGGGAAUACGAAAUGUCUUCUCGGAUGAUGGAUACGAGCAGACUCCUCCAAGGAAAUGCUACCGCUCACUUUCGAGAUAAUCUGAGACCCGGAAACAAGUACAUUACUGGAUGGUGUGGUGGAGGUUUCACCAACCAGUUUAUGGGAGUCAUGCACCUCAUUACCAUUUCGAUCCUCACGCCAUUUCAUAUACCGAUCAUACCGCCUUUGAUCAGUCGACCUCAUUUACCGAUACGCGCUGGAUAUCCUGCUAUAGGCGACAUAUUUGACUUGGAAAGAUGGGCAAGGGCGGUAAAUAAGGAGCUGGUCGAAUGGCGGGAUGUCAAAGACAUUCGAGGAGUCAGUGGCCGAAAAGCACCAGAUGGGAGUAAUGCUGCUGAUGAAGAGGAUCAAAUGGCUUGCUGGAGCAUAUGGGCGACGGCAGAAUUGAAGGCACAAACAUUUUACACGAAUUCAGAGCUGCCUGAACAUCUCAACCUAGGUACGAUAUAA